UUUCUGGAUCCCCUCAUCAACGUCAAGUUUUACGUGCACUUGGUGUUUUAUAACCAUUCUGGCAACGAAAACACCAAAAAACUACUGUCAACAUAAACUUUUCGUUCAAAACCACCAAUUGCUUUUCUUUUGGAGAGAUUUCCCUACACCAAGUGGAACAGUUUUCCCGAGGUAAACGCCCUACCACUCACGGGUAGUUUGCAUAUCGAACAAAGAAAGAUCCUCCAGCACCAUGGGCCACGUACUCCGGCAAGCGACCUCCCGGUGGACCCGGUUACUUACCUGCAGCCAUCGGUACAUCCCGGCACACUCUGUCCCGAGCCAAAUACCGGCAAAUUCAACCACAGCACAGUUCCGCUGCUCCACAUUCAAUCAAUACCGUCCAUAUAGCUCGAUGAACCCGAACGACUUCAUCGCUACCUCACUGAUCGACUCCGUCACGUUUGUGGCCGUCUGCUCGGACACGCUCGAAUCGUUGGUGGACUACUUCGAGCAGAUUAUUGACGAAACGAGCACGUUGAAAAAUCCGGACGUAACGUACGGUGACGGUGUACUGACGGUAAGCUUCGGCGAACCGCACGGAACGUAUGUGAUAAACCGGCAGCUACCGAACCGUCAGAUUUGGUUAAGCUCACCGACCAGCGGCCCGAAACGGUACGAUUUCAUACCGGACAAGCGCACGGUGAACGAGGGCUACUGGCUGUACCGGCAUGAUGGUGUUACGCUGCACGAGCUGUUGCAGCAGGAGAUCAGUGCGAUCGUCGGUAGGAAGCUAGAAUUUUUCGACCUCCCCCACAGUCAACGACCGCAGGAUCAAAAUGGACGGGAUGGGUGAACGGUGGGCCAACACGGGUCAAGGACGGAAUUGGUGCUAAAUAGGGUUAGCUUAGAGGAGCGGACAAGAUUGACGCGGCUGCAACGUUGGACGAUGGUUGAAAGAAGAAUGCAGCAGAUAAGGUAGGUCGUUUAACAAAAAAGACAGCUCAAUGGUUCCUUUCGAUGUUGACAGAUUCCCAACCGUGGGUCUCCUAGGGAUAGUUAGAAUGCUAAGAAAUAUAGAACUUGAUCAAUACCAUCAGUUCGGGUUCAGGUUUGAUCGCCUUUGAGAAAGGAAAGUCGGUGCAGCUUGUCGCAAUGUCGUUCUGGUGUUGGACAUAGCCAACAACUUCGCUAGGCAUGGGCUACUGCAGAAGCCCUCUGAACACCCGGUUGAUGCGUCGAUCGAUUGGCAGACGACGGCGCUGGACCGUGAGCGGUAAUCGGGGAUUGUUGGGCGGAUGAGCGCCAGAUAAGUAAGUAGCCGUUUGCAACGCAGUUCUACAAAGAAAAACGGAAACCAAACGAAAAAGGGACAUCACCAAAACCUCGCCUCAUAUGCAGUAAUGGUGGUGAUGAUGUAAUAACUCCCAUCCUUAUUGCGCCAGUAGAUUAUCCUUAACGCUACGGUAUACAAACAUGCGCGCACUAUUUAUUGGUAUGCGUGUGUGCGUGUGGAUGUGUGGGAUGUGUUGAAUUAGGUAUCCUUAUGCGCGACCACAGGUAAACGAAGUCGUGCACUACUCCGCUCUCUCUCUCUCGUUAACAAUGUCCUUUAUUUUUGAAAUUGCUGCUUUUUCAUGUUAUUGCUUGCUUGUCUUAAUCAUCGGAAAGCGCUUCUAUUUUUCUUCUUUCUAUUAUUGUUAUCUUGUUUUAUUUAUUUUUUAUUUAAAGUUUUUACGGGUAUAUUGUAUUUGUUUUUUUAAAUUGAGGUUUUCACUUCUCAACAUCCGCGCAACAGGCUAUUUGAAGACCUGCUACAUUCUGCUUGAUUGCUGGAUAAUACUACCACACAUCCAGUGACACACGCAUACGCGCGCGCGCAUCAGCAGGAUUAUUAUUUAAAAUUAUGUAACGAGACAUAGGAUAGAUGAGCGAGCGCGUGCGCGCAUACAGGGCACGUGCUUGAUUAGAAAUAAAUAAAUUGUGUUUUGCGGACACACCUGCCAGAUAUGGCGAUAAUCGUAA